AUGACCCAUUCUGGUUUUUCGAUAAUCUCGCAAAGAAGUAUUAAAUCACCUGCUUUAGGUGAAGCUGUACCUUCCACUUCUACAAGUAUGGGACACGAUGCAGUGCAAAGCUGUAAUUGCCAUUCGACCAAGUGUUUCCUUUACGCAGCAGGUUUUGUACUUGGCGGAGCCGCUAUUGGCUAUUUCAUUGGGUACAAGUUGGCUAUGCGCAGGGCUCGAGUAAACGCAAAGGUUCAACUUGCAAACGACAAGGUAGUUGAUACCGUCGAUGUGGAAGAUAUCGGAGAAAAGAAAGCCUUCUGUCGAUGUUGGAAAAGUGAAAAGUUUCCGUAUUGUGAUGGUGCACACUCGAAGCACAACAAGGAAACCGGUGAUAAUGUCGGUCCACUGGUGGUAAAAGGCAAACACCACUGA